AAUUUUAAAUUUUAAAUUAGGCGAGAUGUACCUGACGCAGCAAAACUGUAUAACUCUAGCUGGCGGUAUGCCAAAUGUAGCAACGUAUCCCAUCAAUAACAUUUCUAUAACAUAUAAGCAUGAUAUCCCAAUAAAUCUGAGCAAACAAGAACUGUCUACAGCGUUACAGUAUGGACCAUCGCAGGGUUAUCCACCAUUCUUAGAAAAAUGGAGGGAGUUCCAGAAAACGUGGCACACACCAAGACGAGACGAUUGGGAUGUCGCAUUCUCGGCCGGUACCAUGGACGCUUGCAAUAGAAUCUUUGAAAUGAUGAUCGAUGAGAAUGAUCCAAUUAUGAUUCAAGCGCCAACGUACUCGGGCAUAAUCGGAUCGUUAACAUUAUUGUUACCGGACAUUAUAGAGAUAAAUCAAGAUAGUGAUGGGUUAAUUCCCGAAGAAAUCACCAAAGCAUGUGAACAAAGACUUAAGGAUGGUAGGCCGAUGCCAAAAUUACUUUACGUCAAUCCAACGGGAGCAAAUCCUACGGGCACCGUUUUGUCAGAGACUCGUCGAAGAAAAGUAUACGAGUUGGCACAGAAAUACAACUUCCUAAUCGUCGAGGAUGAUGCUUACUACUUUGUUCAUUAUCUGGAUAAACAACCCACGUCGUUUUUUUCCCUCGAUACUGAUGGUCGCGUAAUCAGGUUGGACUCAUUUAGCAAGAUUAUGAGUGCUGGGCUUCGCGUCGGCAUUAUCACAGCACACAAAGAUAUUGUAGAGAAUUUUGUCAUUCAAAUGGGAAACUCUGUUCUUCAUGCGUCAUCUUUAUCUCAGAUGCUUCUUUACAAACUUUUUGAUAAUUGGGGACAGGAAAAAUUUGAGCAACAUUUUAAAGAUGUUCAAAAGUUUUAUCGGGAACGACGUGAUACAAUGCUAACCCUGGUGGAAAAACAUUUAAAAGAUGUGGCAGAAUGGUACGUACCCCAAGGUGGACUGUUUCUUUGGAUUAAAGUAACAGUUGCAGAUGACAUACGGGAUUUAGUGAUGAACAAAUGCGUGCCGCAGGGUAUUUUUGUUCUUCCCGGAAGUGCCUUCAAUUAUGAUGCUUCAAGACGCGAUUGUCAUUUGAGAUUGAGUUACAGUUAUGCUUCAAUAGAAGAAAUAGAUAAAGCAUUAUUUGUAGUAGCUAAAGCAAUACGUGAAGAAGCAGCGAAAAAAGGUAUUAAAUGAAAAAUUAUUUUAAAUAUUACUUGAAAUUAUUAUUAUUAACUUUGUGUUGAAA